UAGGAUACUGGAAGGAUUGGCGAUACGUGAGUGAUACAGUUCAGCAACACGUUCAGUCCUAGCAAAAGAGACGGGCAACUUGACUUCACGUUUACGAGGAUUGCAACAGAGGCGCUCGACGCGGCAUCUGAAUCCUGAUGUGAGGGAGGACUUCAAUGCUUUUAGAGCGUGCGUAAUCCACCUUUGUCCAAUUUAGCCAGCGCCAUUCAGAAAACGUAUCGUACCAAAGGCGAAUAUUCCUGGCCACAACCGGGCGCCCUGCAGCGAUUGGUACGAACCGCCAGAAGUUAGGGUUUGCUGUUUCCGUCAUGGCCGCGCGAACGGGCUCAAUCCCGGGCACGCCAGUAACCCCGGGCAAACUUACGCCCUUCAAGCGGUUCACGAGGGUGAAUCUGCGCUUCAAACUGCCUUACAUGACUGUUUGGGGUCAGAAUCUGAUGGUCGUGGGGUCUGAUCCCAUCUUUGGAAGCUGGAACAUCAAGCAAGGAAUCUGGAUGACGCCGCACCAUGAAGGAGACGUCCUGGUUUGGCAGGCUUUCGUCUCCGUGCCAGAGGCGUUUGAGUUUGAGUACAGAUACUGCCUUGUUGAUGAGAAGUUGAAUGUGUUGAAGUGGGAAGCUCUAGAGAAAAGGAAGUUGGCUAUUCCAGAAGGGCUGGCGGAUGGGGCUGUAGUAGACAUCCUGGACAAUUGGCAGGAUGGAGCUGCCCCUGAAGUUCUCCUGUCAAGGGCCGCUUUCAAGAAGGUCAUCUUCCAGGAGGUUGAGGAGAACGGAAAGCCAGAACCUCAUGGAGCUAGGCCCACCCCAUCACUUCAUCCAGAUGUCUUUGAGUCUCCAGACACUGUUGUGGUCCGCUUCAAGGUGCACAUUGCUCGCCUGGAGCGGGGCCAGUCUGUGUACGUUGCUGGCAACAGGCAGGAACUUGGAGGUUGGGACAACACACGGGCGGUGCCGCUGGUGCAAACGGGGGGGUCCACUUGGGAGGUGGAUGUACCCCUCUCCAGGGCGCUCUUCCCCAUCCAGUACAAGUAUCUGUUGAAGGAUAACAAAGGCGGAGUGGUCCCGGAGGAGGGGGCUGACAUCGAGCUUGCUCUGGAUACCACGGCCAGGAAACCAUCGACCAUGAUUGUGGUCAAUGACGGGCACUUCAGGUCCAUCCCCUGGAAGGGGGCUGGCGUUGCAGUCCCGGUCUUCUCCAUCCGGACUGAGGAAGAUGUCGGCUCUGGAGAGUUCCUGGACCUGAAGUUGGUUGUCGACUUGGCCGUCAAGUCGGGUCUUCACCUGGUCCAGUUACUGCCGGUAAACGACACCUCAGUCAACAUGAUGUGGUGGGAUUCUUACCCGUACAGCUCCCUUUCCGUCUUUGCCCUCCAUCCCCUGUACCUGCGCGUUCAAGCCCUUUCCGACAAUCUGCCGGAGGCAAUCAAAUCGGAAAUCGAAGCAGCACGCAGGACCCUAAACAAAGAGGCUGUAGAGUAUGAGGGAACCCUGAAAGCCAAGCUCGGUAUUGCGAAGAAGGUGUACCUCCUCGAGAAGGACAGGGUGCUCAAGUCAGCGGACUUCAGUACCUUUUUCGACGAGAACAAGGGCUGGCUGCGGCCGUACGCUGCUUUCUGCUUCCUGCGCGACCUUUUUGGCACUGCCAACCACUCGCAGUGGGGGGCCCUCGGGGAAUUCUCGCAGAAAACGCUGGACCGGCUGGUGUCCCCCGAAGCGGACCACUACGGGACGGUUGCGUUCCACUACUAUGUUCAGUAUCACCUGUACAAACAGCUCAAAGAAGCCGCCGACUACGCCCGCGCCAACCGCGUCGUCUUUAAGGGCGACCUGCCCAUUGGGGUGGACCGCAACAGUGUGGACACGUGGCAAUUCCCCACCCUGUUCCGCAUGAACACGUCCACCGGCGCGCCCCCCGACUACUUCGAUCCCAACGGCCAGAACUGGGGCUUCCCGACCUACAACUGGGAGGAGAUGGCCAAGGACAACUACGCGUGGUGGAGGAUGCGACUGACACAGAUGUCCAAGUUCUUCAGCGCCUACCGGAUAGACCACAUCCUGGGCUUCUUCCGCAUUUGGGAGAUGCCCGACCAUGCGUGCACCGGAAUCCGCGGCAAGUUCAGACCGGCACUGCCCCUGACACAGAAAGAGCUUGAGGGCCACGGUCUCUGGGACUUCAACCGCCUGAGCCAGCCGUACAUUCGGACGCACAUCCUCCAGGACGCCUUUGGCGCGCAGUGGAAGGAGAUUGCCUCCAAGUUCUUGAACGAGUUCCAGGAGAUGUGCUACGAGUUCAAGGAGGAGUACAGCACGGAGAAGAAGAUUGCAGCUGCGCUGACGCCCCGGCCGGACUCCCCCGACUGGCUGAAGAAGGAGUUGGACGAAACCAAGAAGGGACUCUUCAAGCUUAUGUCGAACAUCUGCCUGAUUCGCGACCCCGAGGACCCCGCCGCGUUCCACCCGCGCUUCAACCUGCAGAGCACGAGCAACUACGGCGACCUGGACGAGCACAGCAAGGCCGUGCUGCAGGCGCUGUACACCGACUACUACUUCGGCCGCCAGGAGCAGCUGUGGCGCGAGAACGCCCUCAAGACGCUGCCCGUGCUCAUGAACGCCUCCGACAUGCUCGCGUGCGGGGAGGACCUCGGCCUCAUCCCUGCCUGCGUGCCACCGGUCCUGUCGGAACUGGGCCUCCUCGGGCUGCGCAUCCAGCGCAUGCCCAGCAAGCCCGGCCAGGAGUUCGGCCUCCCCGUCGAGUACGAGUACAUGACCGUGUGCGCGCCCUCGUGCCACGACACGUCCACGAUGCGCGCCUGGUGGGAGGAGGACAAGGAGCGCCGCGACCGCUUCUUCCGCAACGUGCUCGGGUUCAGCAGCGCGGCGCCCGACAAGUGCGACCCGGACGUGUCGCGCGCCAUCGUCCAGCAGCACAUGGAGGCGCCCAGCGUGUGGGCCAUCUUCCCGCUCCAGGACCUGAUGGCCCUAAAGGCCGAGUACAGUGCACGGCCGUCCAAGGAGGAGACCAUCAACGACCCCACGAACCCGAAGCACUAUUGGCGGUUCCGACUCCACGUGACCAUCGAGAAGCUGCUGGGGGACAAGGAGCUGACUGGAGGCAUCAAGGAGUUGACUGUGGCGUCCCACCGAGCGGCCGAGGAAGGCGGAGCGCAGGAAAGAGGGCCUGCGCCCGCAAAGGUGCAUCCGUAUAUGGCAAACGGUACUGUCAAAGAAAACGGCGUGAUGCAUCAGGUUUGAGAGGAUUCGCUUGAAGAGAGUGGCCGGAUCGGAAAUGAUGAGGAUCUGGUGCUGCUUAAAGACAGAAGUGCGGAGUUCUGAGGAUUGCACACAUUACAACGGCAUCGACUUUGGAAAUACAGGUGCAUCAUCCGAGUUAGCGAGUUCUUCGUAGAGGCAAUGGUAGUUGGCCUGGCUGAUCAGGCGAGCGAAAUUUGAAUUCAGCAUCGUGCCACCGAGCAUUUUAGGUAAAUAGGCAGGUUAGUUGGAUAUAUAUACUGGCGAUGUAUCAUUUUAUACAGCUCCGACUAGUUUGCCCAUUGGAAUGAAUCUAUUGGCAGACAUUGAUAUGGAUUGCAACACCAAUCAACAACAUUUCUUAACGUUUGAAUUCCAUUGAUCCAUCCGACGGCAUCGGACCCCUCAAGGGUGCUAACGACCCGAAUCCCCAAUUGCUGGCAGUUUGACCCGGACCUGGCUAGCUGGGAAGGGACCGUGGCAAAGCCUUGAGCCAGUUGAC